GCUAACCAUGAAACUUUCUUGAACCAUGCUUUUCUGCAGAGACAACACGAAAAAAGCUGCAAUGGAGAAGGGAUUCAACAGGAGCUUGCUUCCGUUAGAUAAGCACGGGGAUGCUUCGAUUAAGUUUUUAAUGGUUCUGCCAAUGUGGCCUAUUGGUUCAUCGUCUACUAAAAUGUAUGACACUAGCAUAAGCAACUCGCUCAAGCCUCACUUGCUCCCCAGCAAAACAUUCUUUCCCAUGGGUAAUCUAGGAAGAGCCAUUUGAUUUUUUGCAGGUGGGGAUCUGAUUACGCAAUGACGAUGCUCCCUCUCUUCAAUCUUCAAAUGUUUUCAGAAGUCAAAGCCACCGACUCUUCUCAAAACGCUGGUUCCCUCUCUUCUACUCUAAUUCUUUAUUCUGCUAGCUGGCUGCAUAAAUACCAUUAAGAACAAGGGAUGGGCAGGAUCAACUAACAACAAUCCUCUUGUACCAAGUACCGUUUCCUCGUCCAAAGGAAAUCUGUCACCGAUCUAUUCUUUGGAUUUUAUUUUCAUCAAAUGGCAAAUAACAAUAUCAUCCUCAACCAUGACUUCUCUGGAGGCUUGCAAUUCUGGCACCCAAAUUGCUGCCAUGGGUAUGUGGUAUCACAAGCAUCUGGUUGCGCUGAAGGAGUGGUUUCUGAAUCAGGGACAGCCUAUGCAGUUGUCUCGAAUAGAAGCCAGCCUUGGCAAGGCCUAGAACAGGACAUCACUUCAAGACUUUCCCCGCAUUCCAGCUACACCUUCUCUGCUUCAGUUCGAGUACGUGGGUGCCAUGAGUCUCAUGUCCAAGCUACGGUCAGAUUGGAGCACGUGGGUUCCUCGCCGACUUUUGCUCACGUUGGAAGCACCAAGGCGUCAAGCGGCAAGUGGGUUAAGUUGGAAGGGAAGUUUUCUUUGACGAGUGUUCCAGUACGUGUGAUUGUUUACCUGGAAGGGCCUGAUCCCGGCGUUGAAUUGCUUGUUGAUCAUGUUUACCUUUGUCAUUGUUCUGGCCCUAGCCACAGGAAAUUUGAGGAAGAGGUUAAAGGUGUUACAGAUGAUGAGGCUGAAAACAUCAUACUGAAUCCUCGGUUUGAAGAUGGUCUUAAUAGUUGGUCUGAAAGAGGUUGCAAGAUUGUUUUACAUGAUUCCAUGGGAGAUGGUAAAGUUCUCCCGAUGACUGGAAAGGUUUUCGCUUCCGCAACUGACCGCACCCAAAACUGGAACGGGAUUCAGCAGGAGAUAACUGGUCGUGUGCAGAGAAAGCUUGCCUACGAGGUCAGUGCAAUUGUUCGAAUAUUCGGAAAUUCUCCCAGUGCAGAUGUACGGGCAACAUUAUGGGUUCAAAACACAAACCAGCGAGAGCAAUACAUUGGCAUUGCCAAUGUACAGGCAACAGAUAAGGAGUGGACUCAGUUGCAAGGAAAGUUUCUUUUGAAUGGUGCUGCUUCUAGGGCAAUUAUAUAUUUGGAAGGACCAUCAGCAGGAACUGAUAUACUUGUAAACAGUUUAGUUGUGAAGCAUGCUAUGAAGCCACCACCUUCACUUCCACCUGUCCUUGAGAAUCCUGCUUAUGGAGUAAACAUAAUUGAGAACAGCAAUUUGUCUAAUGGCUUGAAUGGAUGGUUCCCGCUUGGUCCAUGUACAUUAGCUGUAUCUACAGGUUCACCUCACUUGCUUCCUCCCAUGGCAAGGGAAUCUCUAGGAGCACAUGAACCUCUUACUGGUUCCUAUAUCCUUGUAACCAAUCGGACACAAAACUGGAUGGGACCAGCUCAGAUGAUCUCGGACAAAGUAAAACUGUUCUUGACUUACCAAGUGUCUGCAUGGGUACGUGUUGGUUCGAUGGCAAAUGGUCCUCAGAAUGUUAAUGUUGCUCUGGGUGUAGACAACCAAUGGGUAAAUGGGGGCCAAGUUGAAGUUAGUGAAGACAGGUGGUUCGAGAUUGGGGGUUCAUUCAGAAUGGAGAAACAACCAACAAAAAUAAUGGUGUACAUUCAAGGCCCUGCUCCAGGAGUUGAUCUAAUGGUAGCAGGUCUUCAAAUUUUUCCUGUUGAUAGGCAGGCAAGGUUUAAGCAUCUAAAGAAGCAAAUUGACAAGGUUCGGAAGCGUGAUGUCAUACUCAAAUUUACAUCCUCAGAUUCAGAUGGACUAUCUGGCACUGUUGUGAGAGUUAAACAGAUCCGAAACAGUUUUCCAUUUGGUACAUGCAUCGGCAGGUCUAACAUCGACAAUGAAGAUUUUGUUGAUUUCUUUGUGAACAAUUUUAACUGGGUUGUCUUUGGCAAUGAACUGAAGUGGUAUUGGACAGAGCCUCAGCAAGGAAAUUUAAAUUACAAGGAUGCAGAUGAAAUGUUGGAUUUGUGUUUGGGCCAUGGCAUAGAGACCAGAGGCCACUGCAUCUUCUGGGAAGUGCAAUCUGCCAUUCAACAGUGGGUGCAAUCUUUAAACAGUAAUGACCUGAGGACUGCUGUGCAGAAUCGUCUGACCAGCCUUCUUUCAAGGUACAAAGGCAGGUUCAGACACUAUGAUGUAAAUAAUGAAAUGUUGCAUGGGUCCUUUUAUCAAGAUAGGUUAGGAAAGGACAUAAGGGCAUACAUGUUUAAAACAGCCCAUCAACUAGACCCAUCAGCCAUGCUUUUUGUGAAUGAUUAUCAUGUAGAGGAUGGUGAUGACACACGAUCUUCUCCGGAGAAGUACAUUGAGCAUAUACUUGAUCUUCAAGAGCAGGGUGCACCAGUUGGCGGAAUAGGAGUACAGGGUCACAUCGACAAUCCAGUGGGAUCCAUCGUCUGCUCAGCACUGGAUAAACUGGGUAUACUUGGUCUUCCAGUUUGGUUUACAGAACUUGAUGUCUCAUCAAUCAAUGAGUAUGUACGAGCUGAUGAUUUGGAGGUUAUGCUUCGUGAAUGCUAUGCACAUCCUGCAGUUGAGGGGAUCGUGCUAUGGGGAUUCUGGGAGCUGUUUAUGAGCAGGGAUAAUGCAUACUUGGUUGGUGCAGAAGGUGAUAUAAAUGAAGCUGGAAAGAGGUACCUGUCACUCAAAAAAGAGUGGAUGUCCCAUGCACAUGGGCACAUUGAUGAGCAGGGAGAGUUCAGGUUCAGAGGUUUCCUUGGCUCAUAUAAUCUGGAAAUUUUCAAUUUCGGGAGGCAGGUCGCUCAGACGUUUGUUGUCGAUAAAGGGGAGUCUCCAUUGGAGAUUCAAAUAAAACUGUAACGCAUAGUACUGGUUGUAUGAAGCUCCUGAUAUAUGCAGAAAAAUUCUGGUACUUCGGCUUGACACGGAUAUUGUUUAAGAGGAAUAAAAUAUUUCUUUUCAUUUGAUUUGCCUGA